UUUAUGUAGGUGUACUUUGACCUGACAGUUUGACUUUAUGAAUGAAAGUAAAUUUAAAACUCAACAAAGUCUAUAUUAUUCAAUAUAUUGAUCUAGAUUUAGUGAAUAAUGCCCUUGUUUGAAGCUAGAUCUACAUUAAAUCUAGACUAACUGAAAGAGGUGGAGGAUAAAACUGCCAAAAUGUUAUUUACACCUGAAUCUGGCUUGGCUCAUCAUUGUCUGUUAAUCUCCAGAUGUUUGCUAUAUCCCAGUUAUGUUUCAUUUAACUGUCUUUUGAGCUUGUAUAUCACCACCUUUCAAGAAGAGAAAACUCCUAACUAUGUUUUACUGAAAAAGAUUUUUUUGACACCAGUUUAUGCAGCAUUCUUUGUUCUUUUCCUACCAAUCAUGUUAGUUUUUUUGCCAAUAAGAUGUGCACUGCUUUAUGUUAGGCGCCCCUUCAUGUGCUCUCAACAUCACACCCCUUACACAGACUGGCAAACUCAAGUUUUGAAAAAUGCCAUUGACAAAGGAUUUCACAAGUUUGGGGUAGCAACUGCCAAUCUCUGCCUUAUGCCUGAAUUAGCUUCCAAGAUGAAUCACCUCACCAAUGUCAGCUACAGAGCUAGGAAAAUUGGUGAAAAGAUAAUUACUAGUCAGUUCUUUGACCGGGAAUGGGAGAAGGAAGAACUUGAAAUGAAAAUGUACAGCAGUAAUAUAGAGGCUAAGAGCUGCAGAGAAAAUGGACUUAUUGGUUGUGCUGGUGACAACACUGAAAACCAACAAAAACCAGUCGACCAGUGUUUGGAAGGUGAUGUAUCCACAGAUUUUCCUGUUGUUGAUGUUUUUGCUAUUCAAGAGGCUUGGUCCAGUUAUCAGAACAAGUUGCUGAUCCAACAGCUGCAGAAGAUUUUUCCUUACAUUGUCCAUGAUGCAGGUGUCCAUGCCUUCAGAAACAAUGCUUUCUUUUUAAACAGCGGGCUUCUCAUUGCAAGUAAACAUCCCAUUUCUGCUGUUGACUUUAAAGCCUAUACAUGUUUUGUAAAACAUGGGAAAUUACUUUCCAAUGGACUGCUUAUGACUCAGUUACUUCUAGGAUCAAGUAAAGCAAACAACAGAAACAGAUAUAUUGGUUAUGUUUUCAACACUCAUCUACAAUCUUAUCAAGGUAAAGACCAGAUCAUUCCUAAACAGUUAGAUGAAAUGUUGGACUGGAUUAAACAAUUCAAAGCAGAAAAUACCAAAUUUGGAGACAUUGAACUUUUUUGUCUUGUCUGUGGCGACUUCAACUUUGAUAACUUCUCUCCUGCUGACAGAGAAAGCAGUCAACAUCCAUUGUUUACAGAAUUUUCAGACUUUUGUAGGGUGCAAGCGAAUCUUGACAAGUCAUGGACUGUAGGGACAGAAUUGAGACCAGAAUUUAUGCAUGACAAUAUUGUCUCCACACCUGAGGGUCUGAAGACAGUUUUGGAAGAUCAAGCUCUUCGUCAAUGCCACUUGGUUGAUGCAGAUAUAGUAGAACAUUGUAAAGAAGCUAUUGUCACUGGCACUGUUAAGAAGGAUGCACAAGGCAAUGUGCUAAUUUUCCCUGAAGGUGGCAGACGUAGAAUAGACUACAUUUUAAGUGGCAGAUCCAGCCCAUUAAAUGUUGCAGGCUACCAUUUCGUGACAAAACUGGCAACACUAACUGAUCAUAUUCCUGUUGCAAUGGAAUUCACAUGCCCAAAGCUUCAUUGAAAAUGCCAUUAACUGUUGUGAUGAUUACAAAAGUUGUUACUUUUUAAUCUAUAUUUGUGAUACUUCAUUACAAUGCAUUAAGUUAUUCAAAUAACUUGCAAAACUUUUGAUUCAUAAAUUGAAAUUGUUACAGUUUUGCCUUUUUGAUUUUAUGGCAAAUUAAUAUUAUUUUGUGUGUGUGUGUGUUAAGUUAUUGCUUUUUUGGAGCUUCCAUUGUAUGUUUUUUAUGCCUUAAAAAGAACUACUUAGAUUUACCUACCACAUAUGCCAAUUAAAUCUAACUCUUAAAGUAAUCCAUUUUUUAACACAUCGGUCAAUGAAUCAAAAUUACAGGAUAAAAAAUGUAAAAUUUUGUUAUUUAUUUUAUAAAGACUUAGAAGAAUCGGCAGCAUCAAUGAAAAAUACCAAAUAAAAUAUCAAUUGUAAAAAUGCCAAGCAGGUAGACAAAAUUAUAAAAUCUUAAAUGGUUUCAAAUUUUCUUUUUUAAAGUAAUGCCCAAUUACUUAAAAUGAGAGAAUUUUUCAAAAUUGCUUAUCUUAGAAUCAAUUUCACUUUUUACUUUGAAUUCAAUAAACUUAGAGAUACUUCAGGACAGAAGAAUAAAAAGUAAAGUAGCUAUAAUACAUAAAACACUAAACCAUAAUUACUAAUAGAAAAACAAGACCUAAUGAAAUAGUCAGAAAGACACGAAGAUAGAGUCACAUUUCUUAUUCCAUAUGCUAGAAAAAAUUCGUACUAGUGCUUGAUCUCCCCUAGUGCCAUUAGAGAGUGGAAUGGGUUGCCUGAAUCAGCCAGGAAAACCAAAGACUUAAUAGAAUUUAAGUUAUUGAUUAAUAUGCAUGACAAGAGUGACACAUGAAAUGCGUAGGACGUAAUUAUCUUCUUUUUUUAAAUAACAUCUGUAAUAUAUAAGAUAAGAUUGUUCUUUUAUAAUUUCUAAUCCUAAGCAAAAUAUCACAUUUCAAAUAAGCAACAGUACAGUUUCUUAUGUCAUAAACUGUCCAAUUAACAUUGAUGUUUGCCAUGGUAAUCAUUAUAAAAUAUAUUUUACUUAAUCCUGAUUCUUACCUGAGGAUGGAAGAUAGAUUUCUGUUUUUCAUUAAGAAUCAGAAAUUUGUUUUUAGUAUAAUUGUAUAUCUGUCACAAAGAAAUAUGACCAGUAAAUCCAUAGUUACUUUUGUUUGUUUUACAUGUUACAGAUGUUCCUUCAGAAUUAAAGAUUAUUACAUUCUAGCCCAAACAUCAAACAGGACAGCGGGGGAUGACCCUAAGUAGGGUUCAAACCUAGGACCAUAUUAUCUUAUUAUUUUUUUUUUAUUUUAUAUAUAAUUAGCUUGACAUCUAUACAUUUGAAAUACUUAAAGUUUAUUGAAUUAUGAAUAUUAACUCAGGUUUACUAGCAAAAUGCUUCUACUUUACAAAAUAAUUAAAAUAACGCUUUAACAUGUGCUUACAUUACAUUUCUGUGUGACUAAAUAAUUAUAACCCAAUUGUGUGACUAAAUAAUUAUAACCCAAUUUGACUAAUUGUUGAAAACAUAUCUGCCUAUUAACAUUGUCCUUUAACAGCUGCUAAUUGAGAUUGUGAAAAGAAAUGUUUUUUUGUUGCUUUUUUUUUUGGUUUGAAAGUGACAUUUUAAUAAUGCAAGUAAGCUUUUGAGCUGCUCAUUUUUUGGGGGGCAUGAUUUGUUAUUUUUGUUUAACUUGUUAAAUUUUUUGGUUCAUGAUGGUUUGUUACUUUUCAAUAGUUGUUUUCUUAAACUUUGGCUUUUUUUUAUUUGGGAAAUUUUAACAAGUUAUUAUUUAGUUUGCUAUUUUAAAUUGUUUACAUUUACAUCCAUUAGAAAUAUAGAUAUUUAGCGAGAAAGUAUCAGUUCAAUGAAGAAGUAAAGUACAGUUCAUAGUUUUUUUAAUAUGCAAAGGAAUUAUUUAGUCAUUGAAAUUCAACAGAACUACAUACAAACUGUGUGAUUAAAUGAAAAUAAUGACAA